CGUUGUUUUGCUCCGCCAUUUCCGUAGGUGGCGGCGGCGGCAGCCCCGGCUGCCAUGGACAUCCUGAAGCGGGAGAUCAGCCGGAAGCGGCAGCAACUGGAGGAGAAGGAGCUUGUGGGGGGGCAUAAGAAAUAUUUCAAACGCAGUGAGUUAGUUAAAAAAGAAGAGGAGGCCUACUUUCAGAGAUGUGGCUACAAGCCUGUAAAUGAGAAGCCACCUGGAGAGGUACAGCAGCAAGAGGAGGAAGAGAAACCACUGACUUCAUCAAAUCCAGUGCUGGAACUCGAACUGGCAGAAGAAAAACUACCAAUGACCCUUUCCAGACAGGAGGUUAUCAGGAGGUUACGAGAAAGAGGUGAGCCAAUCAGACUGUUUGGAGAAACAGAUUAUGAUGCGUUUCAACGUCUGAGGAAGAUAGAAAUUCUUGCACCUGAAGUGAACAAGGGCCUGAGAAAUGACCUGAAGGCUGCUUUGGAUAAGAUAGAUCAGCAGUAUCUGAAUGAAAUUGUAGGCGGCCAAGAAGCAGGAGACGAUGACUCACAGAAUGACUUGAAAGUUCAUGAGGAAAAUACAACUAUUGAAGAACUAGAAGCUUUGGGAGAAUCCUUAGGGCGGGGUGAUGAUCACUAUGAUAUGGACAUCAUAACGAAGUUCUUAAAGUUUCUUCUUGGAGUUUGGGCUAAGGAGCUGAAUGCCAGAGAAGACUAUGUGAAACGGGGAGUGCAGGGGAAGCUGAACAGCGCCACUCAAAAGCAGACAGAAUCGUACCUGAGGCCACUCUUCAGAAAGCUUCGGAAAAGGACACUUCCUGCAGACAUCAAAGAAUCAAUAACGGAUAUUAUUAAAUUCAUGUUGCAAAGAGAAUAUGUGAAGGCAAACGAUGCCUAUCUUCAGAUGGCUAUUGGCAAUGCUCCCUGGCCUAUUGGUGUCACCAUGGUUGGCAUCCACGCUCGAACGGGUCGAGAAAAGAUCUUCUCGAAGCACGUAGCCCACGUUCUCAAUGAUGAAACUCAAAGGAAGUAUAUUCAGGGGCUGAAGAGGCUCAUGACAAUUUGCCAGAAGCACUUCCCAACAGACCCAUCGAAAUGUGUGGAGUACAACGCUCUGUGAGGCUCUGCAGUGUCCAAGGCGUGACUCAUAUUUUGAUCUCCUAACACCCAGAGAGGAUUGAAGAGACAGUUUGUGCUUUAACACCAACAGGAACCUAGGGUGGGCUUUGAGAAAAAGCAUAAAGCAGCAGAUUUUCUACAGCUUCCUUUCUACGAGCCCCAUUUAGUUAGAUUUCUUUUUAAAUCUAUGCUUUAUGCUGAGUGCAUCCAGUAUACAGCAGAGGGGGGUAUUUCUGAAGGGAUUAUGACCAGGACAAUGACCAGGGGACAAUGAACAUCACCUUUGCUUUUAUUUCAGUUUUUUAUUCAGAGAACCACACAGACUGAACUGUUGCCCAUAUCUUAGAGCUUUAGGUGAGACUCAGCCCUGCAAGAGCUUAUGUGGAGCUUUUUUGGCUGCUUUCCCGUUGGAGACUGAUGUGGGGAGAUGAUUAGAGGGAAGCAGUUGAAUCUGAAUCUUGGUUAUUUCUUUAAAUAUGAAGACUUUAUUGGUUAAUCUUUCAUGUGGGAUUUAUCAGGAGGAAAAAAAAAAGUUUUCUAUAUUUCUCAGCUGAAAAAUACAGCCAGCCUCAGUGCAAAGAAUUUUUGAUCUUGAA